AUGCGAAUUUUAAUAAUUAAUUGCUAUGAUAACAAAGACCUAGAAAAAUUUUAGCAUUUCCAAUUUCAUGUCAUGAAAUAUUUAGCUGAAUAAAAAGAGUUAAUAGACACAGAAAACGAAUUUUAUGUUCGCAAUAGGGAUACCAUUGAGGAUUUCCUAUAUGAAGUAGAAAGCUCUUAUGUGAAGAAGGAAUCAGCUCUAAAAUUCGAUCAACUUGAUGUGAUAUUCAUUAUUGGAGAUUGCCAUACACGACCUUGGGCUGUUCAUAUGGGUAUGGAUUACGGAUUUACAGUUAGCAAAAAUAUUGGUUUUGUUGAGGAUGAGUUUGAGAGUAUAGAAGUUACUAUUUGCCUCGGGAUUUGCCAUGCAAGCCUUAAGUACUACCUUAUUAAUAUACAUAAGCCUAUAAACCUAAUCAAUUAGAAUGGGGGAAAAUUAUCAGAUCUAAGGGAAUUAAAGAUCCAAAUAUAGCAAAGUGAUAUGUUUUUGGAAAACACGUCAGGAGAUUUAUAUGUAUUUAAUUAUGAAUCCUCUGAAUGGAUUCCAAAGUUAAAUGUUGGCAUCCAUUUAAGGAGUGCAGCCCAAGAGUUCUAAUCCAUAGGUAGGUAUGUUGUUAAGGCUCCUAUCUACAAACCUAAGUAAAUGGGCUCGUUUAUAAGUAAAAACAAAAACACUGAAACAGUUGUUUCAAUAAGAAAUGUAUACUUAUAGCAUUGGGCAUUUAAAGAUAUAGAAUCCCGAUUUUUAGCUCCAUUAUUGAAUAGAUGGGAUGUGCACAAUUUCUAAUUCAAUAAUUCGGAAAAGAAAUUUAUUUGCCUUGCAGAAAGUGAUGAAGGACCGUCUAUAAUCGAAUAUCCAAAAGCUUUGGCAUGCAUGUUUGAAACUGAUACCAAGUAUCCUUUCACAAAUACAUUGCUAAAAAACUUUGUUUAAUAUGCAAUGUACAAUAUAAAAAUCUCAAAUGCCUCGAAACCUUUCGAUUCAAUUGAAAACUACCAUAAAGUUAAUACAAAAACCUCAUCGAUUUUAGAUCUCUUAAAAAACAAUAAUAAUUAGAACCAAAAGAAAAGUACUCUCGAAUUAAUGCAAAUUAGAGGCAAAAAUGGAAUAGCUUCUUAAAGUCAAUAGAAAUUGGCUCAUGCUUAAGAGGAAUAAAAGUUAUAAUCAAUGUAGAAUAAUCUAAAAAGAAGGAGCAGCAUAGCACAUGUCGGAUUUACACUAAAUAAAAAUGUACCUAUAAGAACAGUAGAAGUAAAUGCUGUCGGAAAAAGAAAGAUCAAAUACUAACAGGGAUAAUAGCAUUCAAGAAAGAUAAGUGCUGAUGAGGCAUAUUUAAAAUCAAUAAGAGAUAGCGAGGACGACAUUUUUAAUGAACCAGAAAUCAUAUAGAAAACACAAAUAUUAAAGACACCUAGCCAAUCGGAAAUAAGAAAAUUGUUGCAUCCAGAAAUAUCUAAAUCUUGUUUGGAAGUCAAAGAAAUUUGGAUUCCAGGUCAUCUAUCCGAAUAUCAAAAAACCUAAGGAGAUAAAAGAAUAGGUAAGAUUGGAGGAUCUUUUCAAUCUACUUAAAUGAAGAGAUGGAUUUGA